AUGGCUCCUCGUACCUUCUUGAGCCUCCCCCAUGAAUUACGACACAUGAUCUAUCGCGAGUACUUCACUCUCGACAAGGGUUACGCUUUCCAACCUGGAUCUGGCAGGCAACUUGGAUCUGGUAAGCUGGGCACCUUCGAUGGUGAACCUCUAGACCUAGCCCUUAUGUACACCUGCCGGUUUAUCGCUUCUGAGACCAAGGACAUGCCUCUGACUUUCAACACUAUAUACUUCUCGACAGUUUAUCGUCCCGAAUGGCGUAAAUGGGCUGGUCGCUUCGAUUACCUGCUAAAUUUCCAAGAGGAGCAGCGAUUUGAUCUGUUGAUUCACAUCAGCCAAUUCCUCACACCAGAAAUGUGUUCUGAAAUACGCGCCCAUUUCCCUUGGUUUGUUCCAAUGCUCCGAGAGAUCGAACGACAAUCUCGCACCUAUCGGAUCCCCGAGAGACUCAGAUACGGUUUUUCUUGGGAUUUAAUCGACACUCUCAACGCUCCCAAACACCCAUUUGAGGGAACCCCCCCAACUAGAUCAGCUCUCUGCUCUGCGACCGAUUUCACCCUGCGACUACUCGCCGAGGAUCCUAACCCAAGGCUCGCUCAAGAAGUCCAGCGUGCUACAGGAAUAUGGGGCCGCCCUACUAGAUUGACUAGGUUGCUCGAUGAAGCCUUCACCCCCUGGGAUAUACCGGAAUGUCACGAUCUCAACACUGCCGGUGAACGAUUGGAAGACGAUCGUAUGUGGAGCACUAUGAGCAGUUGGCGGCAAGAGAGAGAAUGCAAAAAAGCAUACCAAUGCAAAUUCCGCUUCUCCGCUGCUUCGGUUGCUGUCCGCUUUUUUAAGCACUUGCCUAUUGACAAACGUCAGUGCAUCAGGAACGUGGUUGUUCUCGAGGAUCACAUUGCCGCAGGCCAGCAAGAGCGCCAUGCUGUCGGACUGAUUCCUUUCUGCAAAGAGAAUUCGCGGCUGAAGGUAGAUCUUCGCCUCGACAUGGUUGGGAACGUAUUUCAGACCCAUGCCCUAAACAGACAUACCGACUUUUGCUAUCUUCAUACCCGUUGGGAAGAUGAUCCGUCUGAUCUAAUUUCUGAGUUUCUGGGUAUGGAUGUCUAUGAGAUCAGCAGUCGCUGGUUAAUUGAGGCGUUAGCCUUGAAGGACGCUGGAAUGCCCAGUGGCUCUUUUACUUUCACACUAGAUGGGGGGUCUGCUAUCAAUCUAUGUUCCGAAAUCUUUCAACAAGAUGUCCUUCGAAGCGUCUCUAUAUCGAAAGCAGCGGGUAGGUGCUUACCUUGCCCAUCAGACACGGUUCCGAGAAACAACCUUCCGCGUUGGUUGAACCCUAGCUCUAUACAGGCUUUUGAGCAUUUGGUCAAUCAGACGUCCUUCCUGUGGUCGAACUUCCACCCAGGUAGUGUGUGGAACGUGGAUCAGCUAAUCGCAGAUCGUCCUGGAUACAAUCUGGACCAAUGGAAGUAUGAUCUCUUUCUUCGACAAGGCUACAAUGUUCCGGAAUCUAUCUACAUCCCACCCACGGACUCGAUUGUACUUGAAAAUUUUGAGACGCGUCCUCUUCCCUAG